AACACACUUCUUUUUGUCAUGACUAUGAAAUCACCAUCCACCUGUGAAACUCACUGAAACUUCUCCAACUUUCCAGACUCAAUCAACCAAACCCAGAAAAUUCCCCAAAAUCAACCCUUCAAAUUCCACUCUUUCUUCUCCAAUGUCCAAAUUCAAUCUUUCUUCCUCAAUCACAAAUUUCAAUGGCAACCCUCUUCAUUUCUCCACCUUCCUCAUCAUGGGUCUCCAACAAAACUCAAAAACUCGCAUCUUUUUCUUCCAAUUCUCACUUCCACCACCCAGUUACUCUCUCCUCCUAUUCCAAACCCUCAAAACCUAGAAAACUGCGUUUCUCUCAGCAAGACGAGGGGGAGAGAGAGAGUUCUUCUGUAGUUGUUGUGGAUGAAAAAUCGAAAAAUGACGAAGAUACCCAGAAUGGAGUUGAGGAGAGAGAAGAAGUAGAUGAUGAGCAGAAGCAGCAGGAAUUGGACUGGAAAAAUGAUGCAGAAUUCAAGAAAUUUAUGGGGAAUCCGUCAAUUGAAGCUGCAAUUAAGUUGGAGAAGAAAAGGGCGGAUAGGAAGCUUAAAGAGCUUGAUGAUGAGAGCAAGAGUGAUAAUCCAAUUGUUGGGGUUUUCAAUCGAAUUGCUCCUGAGAAUUUGUUGAGAGAGAAAGAGACUUUGGAGAAAGUUGAACAAGCUUUUAAAGCCCUUGAUCUUAACAAGUUGAAGAAUGGCUUUGGAUUUGACACAUUCUUUGCCACGGAUGUCCGAAGAUUUGGGGAUGGAGGUAUUUUCAUAGGGAAUUUGAGGAAGCCUAUCGAAGAAGUCAUGCCAAAAUUGGAGAAGAAACUCUCUGAGGCAGCUGGGACUGAAGUAGUGGUAUGGUUUAUGGAAGAGAAGAAGGAUGAUAUUACAAAACAGGUCUGUUUGGUUCAACCAAAGUCAGAAAUCGAUCUUCAGUUUGAAUCGACUAAUCUGAGCACUCCUUGGGGCUAUCUUAGUGCAAUAGCCUUGGGUGUUACAACUUUUGGAACAAUUGCUUUGACAAGUGGUUUCUUUGUCAAGCCUGGUGCAACAUUCGAUGACUACCUGGCUAACGUUGUACCUCUUUUUGGUGGGUUUCUGACCAUUUUGGGCGUAUCUGAGAUUGUCACAAGGUUGACAGCAAAUCGGUAUGGGGUAAAGCUAAGCCCGUCAUUUCUUGUUCCAUCGAAUUGGACGGGGUGUUUGGGAGUAAUGAAUAACUACGAGUCCCUACUCCCUAGUAAGAAGGCUCUUUUUGAUAUUCCUGUUGCUCGUACAGCCAGUGCAUACUUGACCUCUCUGGCGCUUGCAGUUGUUGCCUUUGCAUCAGAUGGCAGCUUCAAUGGAGGUGAUAAUGCACUGUUUGUAAGGCCUCAAUUUUUUGAGAACAACCCUUUGUUUUCUUUCAUCCAAUACGUAAUUGGACCUUAUGCUGAUGAUCUUGGAAACGUGUUGCCUUAUGCGGUGGAAGGAGUGGGUGUACCAGUUGACCCCCUUGCCUUUGCUGGGCUUUUAGGGAUGGUGGUGACGUCUCUGAACUUGUUACCUUGUGGAAAACUUGAAGGGGGUAGGAUAGCACAGGCCAUGUUUGGCAGGAACACUGCCACAUUGCUCUCAUUUGCAACUUCUCUGUUACUUGGUAUUGGUGGUUUAAGUGGAAGUGUUAUCUGUCUUUCAUGGGGAUUGUUUGCUACCUUCUUUCGUGGAGGAGAAGAAAAUCCUGCCAAAGAUGAGAUAACUCCGUAAGGUGAUGAUCGAUAUGCUUGGGGUGUCGUCCUCUUCCUUAUAUGCUUCCUGACUCUCUUCCCAAACGGAGGUGGGACCUUCUCAAGCUCCUUCUUCACAGGACCAUUUUUCAGAGGCGACUUGUAAAUUAUUGUAAAUUAGGGUAAUGUAGUUUGAUGUUGAAUUACUUGUAUAUUGCUUGUUCUUGAUUAAAAUUACUUUCAUGUAUUUAUUAUUAUUAUACUUUUUUUUUCUCCAUCCAAAAUCUUGUAAGUUGAAGGAUUUUGGAGGCUUUUUUUUGCUACUUUAUGUCCAGUGAAAAAUGGAGAUGGAGAUUGAAGUGUAUCAUCUCACAGAUAUUGCAUUUUCUUUUCUAGUCUGUAAAUUACCGGCACAAAGUAAAGCUCGAAUUGAAGAA